AUUCUACCCGUCCUACAUGUCAUGGUUUGCCUAGUGCGGUAGUAUGUUUAACCUGCCGGGAGGGGAGGAGGGAUUUCACUCUAAGAGGAUUGCGGCGAUCGUUAGCUGCCCGCUGGCUUUGUCAAGGCAUGCCGGUUUCCCGGUUGGAGUCCAACGGACAACAACGAGGUACAGUCUUCCUCCCAGAAACUCGGCAACGAAACCGGUUGAACUUGAAAUGAUGCAUAUCGUAGCAGCGCAAAAUCAAUCGUGACAGUCCAAGAUGACCUAUGGUAGAUUUUACAUGGUGGGAGCGCAUCAGUACCAGAGAGCAGUCUCUUGAGGGAGUUAUUGCUGACAGGCGGCUCCUGAGAUGAAGACCAGACCCGCGGGGAUCGGCAAUGUCCAUGCCGACUGGAUGGGUUCGCUCCCCUCCAAGCUCAGUGCCAUGCCCCUCAGACAUCUAGCGGUGCCAGGCUCUCACGAUUCUUUCACUUUUUGGGUGGAUGUGCAUGCUCCCGUGGGGCCCGAUCAAAAGGUUUAUGUUAAGUAUCUGGCUACCAUGUUCAGUGUCUUAGCCAAGAAAGUCAUGGUGAAGUGGUCCAUGACACAGAACCUGACUUUUAAGGAGCAGCUGGAUGCAGGAAUUCGCUAUUUUGACCUCAGGGUCUCUUCAAAACCAGGCGAGUCUGGAAAUGAAAUCUACUUCAUUCAUGGCCUCUUUGGACACAAGGUGAGAGAUGGCCUGUUAGAAAUCAGCUCCUUCCUGGGCAGACACAGGAAAGAGGUGGUGUUCCUGGACUUUAACCAUUACUAUGCAAUGGAGGCAGAGCACCACGUUUACCUCAUCAGCAUGCUCCAAGAAGUAUUUGGCAGCAAACUGUGCAAUAACUGUGCGGUGGAGAACGUUACUCUCGACUAUCUCUGGGAGAAGAAAUACCAGGUGAUUGUGUUCUACCAUCAUCCUUCAGCCCAAGGCGUUCCUGUCAUGUGGCCUGGCAACAAGAUCCCUGCUCCCUGGGCAAACACCACCGAGCCCAUCAAGCUCAUAGAGUUCCUGGAAACUACGCUGAAGGAAAGAGACAAGCAGGGUUCCUUCCAUGUAUCCCAGGCCAUCCUCACUCCCACUGUCAACACUGUGGCUAAGGGGUUGCUCUGGGGCCUACGCAGCUACCUGGUGGAGAGGUCCGUGACUGUGAUUGGAUGGUGUAGAGGGAAUCAUGGAUCAUAUUUGUCCACUUUCUCCCACAUUGUGACAUAUCUCAACAGUCAGUCAACAGCUCUUAAUGAAAUCUGGCAGAGAAACCGUCAAAAACCUGCCAACCAUCAUGUCCUGGGUUGAGGCUCAGAGGCCAGGGGUGGACGGAGUCAACAUCAUCACCUCAGACUUUGUGGACCUCACUGAUUUUGCCAACGUUGUAAUCAAGCUAAAUAACCUGCUGUUGUCUGAACAGAACCGCAAACCAAGAUGACACAUGUUUUCAUACCAGGAAGACUGAGAUGGUGGCUCUGAAUCUAGUGGCAGAUUUUUCCUGCCUCUCUUUUUAUAUUCUUCACAAACGGCUCUGGUGCUGCUGGUAGAGCUUCGGUGUAUUUGCUUAAGGACACUCAGCAUUAAGAUGUGUAGGGAUGGACUCUGUAUAAGCUUGGGUCCUCUAAAAUAAAGCCUUUCAAUUUUUAAGGAGCUCGUCAGCUAACUUUCAGUCUGAGUUUUGGUUGUAGAGGACUUUCUUAGCCUCAGUUCUAUGAAGACAGUCCAAAAGAGGGAAAGAAGUGAGAGCUCAGAUGAGAGAAAACCAGGCAUGCCCAGCUGCAUUUUUUUACCAUCUUCAUAAGGCAGACGGAGUCGUGUCAUGCUGGAGUUCUGGCUGCAUCUGCAGAUUCCUUUUUCUGCUUUCCCUUUUGAGGGAAAGCUAGAAAUACAUCUCAUAUUUGCUACUGAAUGGGACUGCCAGGCAGGUCACCAGAUUGGUAGCUGCUGUACAUUUUCCCUUGCAUGGUUAUAUGACUUUUAACCUCUCAGGUGCUUCAGUGGAAGUUUAUUUGGAUGGUUUAUCAAUCAUUACAGAUGUGAAUUUGGUUUAUUUGUAUUUUUAAAUGGUCUUAUGAAAUUACUGACUUUGUAAGUUAACAUAAGAGAAGAAAUUGCAUGUUAAAAUGCUGCCUGUAGGUAUUUUAGCCACUAUUGUCUGAACAGCACACAAGGGAUUAGGAUAGCUUCUUUGUUUGUUUACAAGAUAAACUCUGUGUAAAAAGAAAUUCUUGAUAUGAUUGCAAUGGAACUCAUUUGUGUUUCCAACAUACUAAUGAUUGUUGAAACUGGACCAGUGAGUUAGGGUUGGCUUGUUAAAUGUGGACUUGGUCUUUUUCCAGUAAUUAAAUGAACUUAAGGGAAAAAUAGGGGCUUAAAUUUUUUCUUGGUAUUUUUGUUUAUAUGUGAAAGAAAUGCAAUUUUUUUUAAUGAAAGAGAAGCCAGCUGCUCUCUCAUUACUUACUGAAUUUAACAAGCGAUGUGGACUAUGGCACCUUUAGGAGGACUGCAUAGGAAAAGCCCAGUAUGGGUGGAAAUUGUGCCGCAGUUCCCACAAAACACAUACAAAUACUCACAAAUAGCUAUAUAUCUUUAUGUUUGUAGUAUUUUUUCCCCCCUUGGUCUGUUUCCACUUAAGGUGCUUAAAUGUGCAGAAAUAGAACUAGUCUCCCAAUAAAUGUAUGUUGGAAAGGAAGUGAAGAGUAUAUGGUUGUGUACAGUAUAUGCAUGUGGAUGAGGGUCCAUUUAAAAAAUGUUAUGCUUAAAAUGAAACCAAAUGCCAACCGUUGCAGUCUUAAAUGUUUUUGCUUGUUUAUAGUGUGCAUGUGCAUCAGUGUGAUUUACAGUCUGUGUGUGUGUGCCUGUCAGGACCAGUGAUUACUAUGCAUGCGUGGACGGUAGAGCAGCGACAGUCACCCUGCAUUCUUGUGGUCAGACUAGAGUAAGAGAAGAAAAUGAGACAGCAGAGGAAAUGUCAUAUAAAGAGAAAGGAAGCAGUAAGAAAACUAGACUUUUAAAUGAAGGAAGAUGACAUGAAAGAUCUGAAACAAAAGGGAAGAAUUUAGUUAAAAUAGAGCUGAAGUUGAACAGCUGCCUUUUCCUGCAGCGGCAUCAUCAUCUAAAAGGGAAAUGUUGUUUUACUUUUUAACCCUGUCCUCAUUUUGUCACUCACCGACUCACUUAUGUCAAAUAGCCUGGUGUGUCCAGGCCACAUUGUUGACAAGGUUGAGUGUGGUCACCAGGCACUGCGAGGUCCACACACAGACAAGCAAAGGCACUUUAAUUGUGGAGUAAUUACACAUACCAUUGUAGGCAAGUGGGAGAGCAGGGAGCAGCAGUUCGAGCAGCAGCUCGAGCUGAGAACAUUCCUCUGUUGUUUAGAUUGGUUCUGUCUUUUGCUCUCCCUUAGUCUCUCACUUCACUGUAUCCCUGUUGGCUUCCCAGGUUUCAAAGGAGAAGACGAUCUAAGCGUAAUCACUCAGAUGUUAAUAAAGUCCUGCAGUAUUAA